ACAAGGACACUCGUUACGCCGUCACGCUACGGAUCGAACUGUAUUGUACUGUAUAUUUUAUGAUAGCCCUAUGGCUGAAUAAAGUCCUCUUUCUUUCGUGAAAUCACAUCAAGCAAAAAAGUGCCUUCCGCGAAAUGGAAAAUGAUGAAAUCGACUACAAUAUUGUGUUUCCAGAUGAAGAGACAACCGAGACACACUGGCAGGGCACAAAAGAGCCUGUCGUCAUAUUGCUGGGAUGGGCAGGCUGCAAAGACAAACACCUGACUAAGUACAGCUCCAUCUACAACGAAAAGGGAUGUGUCACCAUCCGUUACACGGCUCCUCUCAAGACGGUAUUUGUCUCAGAGUCGUUUGGAUAUAAAGAACUCCGAAGUACGGCCCUCAAAUUGCUGGAGGUCCUCUACGACUACGAGGUGGAGCGCAGUCCGGUUUUCUUCCACGUAUUCAGCAACGGCGGCUUCAUGCUGUACAGAUAUAUGGUCGAGCUCUUGCGCGAGGACAAACAGUUUCGUUCCCUGUGUGUGAUCGGCGCCGUUGUGGACAGCGCCCCCGGUAGUGGGAAUGUCCUCGGGGCGGUGCGGGCGCUGGCGGCCACUUUGGGGCCUAAAGUGAAGCCUAUUUUGAAGUACCUCCUGCUAGCCCUCUUUGCGGUGACCGUUUUCCUGUUACGAAUCGUGCUGUACCCCUUGACGAAGUAUGUGCACAAGAACCACUACGACGCGGUGCAAGAGAGGCCGCCCGCCUGGCCUCAUUUCUUCCUCUACUCUCGCGCCGAUCAGGUCAUCAAGCCGAGAGACGUCAGGCUCUUUGCAGACACCCUCGAACUCAAGGGCGUUCCCGUAGACAGUUACGAUUUUGUCUCCAGCGUCCAUGUGAGUCAUCUCCGGGAAUAUCCGGAGCAGUAUACACGCGAGUGCCGCAAUUUCCUGAGCGCUUGUAUGAAGGAGGGCACAGAUGGGGCGCACGCGACCAAGAGACGGCGGGUGCAGGAUCGGUGAAUCGCAAGCAGAAUUCUCCGGGAGCGUUGUUUGUUUCGGAUAAUCGGACAUGUACCGCAAUUGAAUUCAUCCGUCUCUCUCGAGUUGCAGUCAUUUUGAAACCAUUCCCUCGCAAGUGUUAUUUUAUUUUGCCUUUUUAAUAACGCGACUGAAACAGGUAGUCGAUUCACACCGUAUGAAUGGGACUUACGAUAUUUUUGAGGAGGACAAAUGACCACUAAUGUGGUUGCGCAAGUGUGCACAUCCUCUUAUGACUGGGCUCAUAAUUAACCGCCGUGCUUCACUCGGUACGAUAUUCUUUUUGGUGACGAACGAUAUUGUGUCGGCGCUGAACGUACCGGGCAAAAAGUUCAAUCUCGAUUUUAUCGGAUCAUGAAACAUUUUGGCACCUUUUGUUGUUUUUGUCAAAUGAAAGCAAGGUUGAAAUCGAGUGUUGACUUAUUACAGCCACUGUUUGUGUCCUUCACAAAUAGCGUCUUCUCCUGAACUCAUGUGCCUUCAGUGAAUCAGAAUGCUAAUAAAAGAU